AUGGCAGAUCUUGUGACCACAGAUCUGGUCAGAGAAGACGGUACUGUGCUGACUGGACGGCGCAGAGGACCGCCGACUGCUCGAUUGAAUCCAGAACAAGCGGCCGCGAAGAGGCGCCAGCUCGAAGCCAACGAACAAUACGGAAGAGGCAAAGGCGUACAACUGAAGACCAUCAAGGAUAAAAAGCUGAAGACUAAGCUUCGGGCGCUGGAGGAUCGGUACAAUGAUGCUGCGCUUAAAGCCAAAGAUGCCGAAAUCCUCCUCGAGAACCAGUCUGGCUUCUUGGAACCUGAAGGCGAGCUCGAACGAACGUAUAAGGUUCGACAGGAUGAAAUACAGGAGAGCGUCGGUGUGGAGACUGCGAAGAAAGGAUUCGAGUUAAAACUGGAGAACAUGGGUCCAUACGUGCAUGACUACACUCGCAACGGGCGAGAUUUGCUGCUCGCUGGGCGCAAAGGGCACGUCGCCACUCUCGAUUGGAGGAGUGGCAAGCUCGGUUGUGAAUUACAGUUGGGUGAAACUGUGCGUGACGCAAAAUGGCUCCAUAACAACCAAUACUUUGCUGUGGCCCAAAAGCGCAGUGUUUACAUCUAUGAUCAUCACGGAGUGGAGAUCCAUAAUCUCGAUCAACACAUCGAAGUCACGCACAUGGAAUUUCUGCCGUAUCACUUCUUGUUGGCGACGAUUGGAAAUGCUGGAUGGUUGAAGUGGCACGACACGAGCACUGGAAAACUGGUCACCCAGGUUGGAACUAAGCAAGGCACACCCACGACUCUCGCGCAAAACCCGCGCAACGCAAUUCUACAUGUUGGGCACCAAAAUGGAACCGUGUCCUUAUGGUCUCCGAGCACGAGUACCCCAUUAGCCAAGAUGCUCUGCCACAGAGGACCAGUUCGUGCCCUUGCGAUGGACAGGGAGGGCCGGUACAUGGUGAGCACAGGACAAGAUAUGAAGAUGGCUGUAUGGGACAUCCGAACUUUCAAGCCUGUUCAUGAGUACCUGCUUCGACAACCAGGCUCAAGCCUCGCAAUCAGUGAACGUAAUCUCACAGCCGUCAGCUGGGGAACUCAAACGACCAUUUGGAAGGAUCUUUACAACAAGCACACUUCCGACGUGGACCAGAUCAAAGUGAAGUCUCCAUACAUGGCAGCAGGAGCACAGGGAAUAACACCCGAAAGAGUCCGUUGGUGUCCUUAUGAAGACGUUCUCGGCAUCAGUCACGAUUCAGGCUACUCGUCCAUGCUAGUACCAGGUGCUGGAGAAGCGAACUUUGACGCUCUGGAAGCCAACCCGUACGAAAACACCAAGCAGCGACAAGAAGCUGAGGUCAAGAUGCUACUCAACAAAUUGCAGCCAGAGAUGAUCAGCCUUAACCCUGACUUCAUCGGAAACUUAGAUACCGCAUCAAAUGAGCAGCGCCGGCUUGAAAAGGAUCUCGAUCGCAAGUCAGAUGCUCAGACCGAGAAGGAUCGCAUUGAAGAUCUCAAAAAUCGAGGUCGGGGUAAGAACAGCAGUAUUCGGAAAUAUCUCAGAAAGAAGGGCAACAAGAAUGUCAUUGACGAACACAAAGCACGCGUAAUGGAGUUGAGAGAGGAACAGAGGAAGAGAGCCAAAGAAGCUAAAGAGGGUAGACAAGAUGCUCAACUCGGGCCAGCCCUGUCAAGAUUUGCACGUCGAGCAGGCUGA